UAAAGUGAAUUAAAAAAAAGAUAAAGCAGAACAAGGACAGCUGAGCAUUUCCUCCCCGGUAAGCAUGUGUGCCACGGGGCGUAUUUUCCUCUUCUUUUCGUAGUGAAAAACAAACUAUGCGCAGUGCCUCUCAAGUUCAUGAAGCGCUUCGCCACUCAAUUCAAGAGCGAUUCAGUUUUAAUGAGAUGGAGGUGAAUGAGGACCUGGCCAGCCUUCGCGGAGCAGUUGAGAAAAAGGAGAGAAAGAACAAACAGAUUCCCUUUUCUAAAAUUAGCUGAACCGAGGGAAGAUCUAGUGUAAUCUUUUUAUGGGUGUUUUUUGUUUGUUUGUUUGUUUGUUUUUUCCUCACGUUUUUCCACAUAACUUGACCCAUUUCGGUUGGAGAAAGGGAUGGUUAAAGUAUGUGAAAAGACACACGAGAAGAUAGGAGCUUGAUUUUAAGGUUUUUUUUAUUUUUCUUUCCCUUCCACCCCUUCCCCCCCCCCCCCCAACCUCGGCCCCCACCCCACUGUACAGCAGGCUCAUUAUUCUCGAAUCUAGAAACAAUUGGAGCGGCCAGGGGAGAUCGGCGCGUCAUUAUUUCUGUGGAGGCACAGAGAAAGGUUGCAUCCAACUGAUCUCCAGCAGCAUUUCUCAGCAGCUCCUGAACUUCCCAAGUCAAACCUCGUUGCUGUUUCGUUUAGAGUCCCUCUGCGGUCGGACAGGUGGGAUCCCUCUGUGGUUGUUUUGGACGCGUCGUGAGCGGUGCAUACAUAUUUUCUCCCCCUUCUUCUUCUUCUUCUGCUUCUUCUUCUCUACUCUGAGUGAGGAUCGAUUGAUCGGCUGGGGAGGCAGAAGUUGUAGGAUCGUCAGGAGGAGUUCACCAGUGAGAACAGCACUUCAGCACCAAGGACAGAUCCUUUGCAGCUGGCUGACAAACAUGCUCAAAGUGAGCAACAUCUGGACUCGGCUCUUCCUCACGAAGAAGCUCGACGCGCGUUUUGUGUAGAUCACCGAUGCCCGGCUGGUUCAGAGGAGACAUCCAGAUAUAUACUUCUUCUUCUUCUUCUUCUCCUUCUUCUUCUUCUUCUUCUUCUUCAAAAAAGAGGAAAACACCAGAAAUGCUGUGCUCGGAAGAUUUAACAGUAGUCUGCCUUCGGUCCUCGUGAACAUUCACCAAUCUCUUCUUUGACCAGCUCAACCCUGCAACCUGAUCCUACCAUGCUGCAUGCAGUGCUCUGCACCAACUGGAAGGUUAGUUUUGCCCUUCAUUGGCCCUUUCAACUGUUCCUGCUGGAGGUUCUGAUACCCGGGGCCCUACCAAUCAUCAGAGUACCGCAUCCAGGUAAACGUGAGGUCGUCAUAGAAGGGGACAUUGUGAUUGGGGGCUUGUUCCCUGUGCAUGAGAAAGGUGAAGGGACAGAGGACUGUGGGAAAAUCAACGAGGAGCGGGGCAUCCAGAGACUGGAAGCCAUGCUUUUUGCCCUCGAUGAGAUUAACUCAGAUGAUCGCAUCCUUCCCGGGCUCCGGCUGGGCAGCAACAUCCUGGACACCUGCUCCAAAGACACCUACGGUCUGGAGCAAGCCUUGGAUUUUGUCAGGUCGUCCCUCGAUAAGGUGGAUGAUCCUGGCUUCAUCUGCCCUGACGGCUCCAGACCCAUCGAAAAUAACGUUCCACUGGCUAUUUCUGGAGUUAUUGGAGGAUCCUACAGUGACGUUUCAAUUCAAGUGGCCAACCUCCUACGCCUGUUCCAAAUUCCUCAGAUCAGCUACGCCUCCACCAGUGCGAAGCUCAGUGACAAGUCUCGCUAUGACUACUUCGCCCGCACUGUGCCCCCAGACUUCUACCAGGCCAAGGCCAUGGCUGACAUCCUGCAGUACUUCAACUGGUCCUAUGUGUCGACAGUUGCAUCAGAGGGUGACUAUGGCGAGACUGGCAUCGAUGCCUUCCAACAGGAGGCCCGCGAGCACCAAAUCUGCAUCGCCACGUCAGCCAAAGUGAGCCGCUCCAUGAACCGGCAGGGCUACGAGAAUGUGAUCCGCUCUCUGAAGCAGAAGUCCAGUGCUAAGGUGGUGAUACUGUUCACCCGCAGCGAGGACGCCCGCGAACUGCUGUCAGCUGCUGCUCGAAUGAACACCUCAUUUAUCUGGGUGGCCAGUGAUGGAUGGGGAGCACAAGAGAGUGUCGUGAGGGGCAGUGAGACUGCAGCAGAUGGGGCUUUCACCAUUGAACUGGCCUCCUACCCAAUCAGAGAGUUUCAAGACUACUUCACAAAGCUGAACCCAUACACCAACACGAGGAACCCAUGGUUUAAGGAGUUCUGGGAGCACCACUUCGCCUGCAGCCUUCAGGAGGCCAGCUGCAGUGAACACAGCUUACGAGACAGAACCUUUGAGCACGAGUCCAAGAUCAUGUUUGUGGUGAACGCUGUGUAUGCCAUGGCCUACGCUCUGCAUAACAUGAGGCAAGCAGUAUGCUCCAACACAUCUAAGGGCUGUGAGGCCUUGAAACCAGGUAAUGGAAAAAGGCUCUACAAAGAGUUCAUCCUGAAGACCAAGUUUGAAGCUCCUUUCAGACCCGCGGACACAGACAGCAUGGUGCGCUUUGAUACUAUGGGCGACAGCAUCAGUCGCUACAACAUCUUUAACUACCACAAAGAAAAGGGCAAGUUUCUAUAUAGGAAAGUUGGCUACUGGGACAACAUAUUGAUCCUGAACACCAGCUCGAUACCUUGGUUUGGCGUAGCUACUCCCACUUCCCAGUGCAGUGACCCAUGCAAAAGGAAUGAGGUGAAGAGCAUGCAGCCUGGAGACAUGUGCUGCUGGAUAUGCAUUCCAUGCCAGUCCUACCAGUACCUGCAUGAUGAGCACACCUGUGCUGACUGCGGUCUUGGUCAGUGGCCGUUGGCUAAUUUGACCGGGUGUUAUGAUCUGCCUGAAGAGUACAUCCACUGGGAGGAUGCUUGGGCUAUCGGGCCUGUUACAAUCUCCUGUCUUGGCAUAAUGUGUACUCUGGCAGUUGUGGGCAUUUUUGUUAAGAACAAUGAAACCCCUAUAGUCAAAGCAAGUGGACGUGAACUGUCCUACAUCCUCUUAAUGGGAGUUCUCAUGUGCUACAGCAUGACCUUCAUCUACAUUGCAAAACCUUCUACUGCUGUCUGCACAUUGCGAAGACUUGGCUUGGGGACCUCAUUUGCUGUAUGCUACUCUGCCUUGCUAACAAAGACCAACCGCAUUGCUAGGAUCUUCAGCAGUGUGAGAGAUGGAGCCCAGCGGCUGCGCUUCAUCAGCCCGGCUUCCCAAGUGGCGAUAUGCUGUGGUCUCAUCUCCUGCCAGCUGCUUGUGGCCCUUAUCUGGCUCCUGGCUGAAUUUCCCGGAAUCCAGAAGGAAAUUAACCCGGACAGACGAGACGUGGUCACCCUCAAGUGUGUCAGCAAGGACAGCAGCAUGCUCGCAUCACUCUCCUACAACUGCGUCCUCAUCAUCCUCUGCACCGUCUACGCCUUCAAGACGAGGAAGUGUCCAGAAAACUUCAACGAGGCCAAGUUCAUCGGGUUUACAAUGUACACCACCUGCAUCAUCUGGCUGGCUUUCCAACCCAUAUUCUUUGUCACUGCCAGUGACUACAGGGUAAUUAUGCCUGCAUUUUUUUUUGUAUGCAUCAAUAAAGUAUUUAAAAUCUUUGUUUCCCUGCAGUAAGCUAGGGUGAAAGGCCCCCCCCCCCAAAAAAAAAAAAACAAAAAAAAAAAACUUUAGUGCCUGAUCUUUAUGUGUUAAUCUUUGAAUCGGUAGAAGAUUUGUGUGCAGACUGCAUUUGAUCUCCAGCACACAGACUCUUGAGAGGUUUUCUUUUCAUGUCUACUUAAUGAUCCUUCAAGAGAAGAACAAAGAGUUUGUAGACAGAUGCUCCAUAAAUAUAUCAGCAAAUCAAUAAAACAAUGAUUUCUAACC